UCUGUGUUUCUGCGGACUUAUUUGAAACGCGGUAUCAAUGCGGGUGGCUCGUGCUUAGCACUUAAACACAUUUUAGCUAGCAGUCAAAUUAAAGCGAAGCAGACGCGCUGACUUAAUUCGUCAUGGAGAUAUUUGGAAGCAACUUUGACGACUCUGUGUUUUCGGAAGCGAAAGACCGAGGUUCCAUGUUUAUAUCUUCUUAUAACGCUAAACGCUGCGAGCCGGAGUGGUUCUGUGAGAGUGCUGUUCUCGACACAGAAGAUUCUUUGGAGAAGCAGAAAGUUUUUAAAUUUCGAGGUGACUUGGCUCUGAGGAAAGGCAAUUACCAGACAGCCCUGGAUGCGUACAGUAGUUGCCUGGAAUGGAUCGCGGACAACAAUACGUCAAUAAAGCGAGACAUAUUGGAGGGAAUGGCUCGAUGUUGCGCCAAGCUGGGUGACCGCGACAGAGCGAUGGACUUGGUUGACAUCCUGAGCAAAGAAGCUUCAAAUACGUGUCACCUGACCAGCCUGCUGCUACUCAAGGUCAGCAUCUACCAACAUCUUGGAGCCAUCGGCCCGAGGAUGACAUCUCUGCAGGAACUGUGCAGCUUGGUGCCCUACAACCCCUGGAACUGGUUCAACCUGGGAAAGAUGUGUGUGGAGCUGCUGGAGCACAACGCUACCUCAGAGAUGAAGGAAAGAGAAGCUGAAGACGGCGUGGAUCUCACGGAAAGCAAACUGUGGCUGAAGGCCUGCACGUCUUUCAUCAGGACCAGGCUCCUGCUGAAAAUCCUGCAGCAGCAGCAGUCGUCUUUUGCGCGGAAGCGUAAUGAAAAUGUCCUCCAAUCGUUGGAAGACGCCUUGAAGCGUCUGAACGCCAACAAAAUCACUUUGAAGAUUCUCACUGAGGUGAUGUCAGAGGACCUGAUCCCAGACAAGAUGAAGGAGGACUACCAAGACGGUGAGAGUCUGUCCAGUGUGUGCCUGCAGAGCUUCAGUGAACGCUGGUGGAAUAAAAUCUUACUGACGGGAAUUCUGGAGGCCGAUGGACGAGGAGGCGUACGCAGCGACACCACGUUGUGAUGCCCCCCCCCCCCCCCCCCAACUACAAAAACAUUGUACUGGUCUCAAGCGAGAGGAGAUCCUGGAUUUUGUUCCAGUUGUUGCCGGGAGCGACAUAAAGAAGAGGAGCAUUCCAUUUUAACUUCAUACGAUGUUCCCUGAAGUACUCGUGUGGGCCCGAAUGUGUCACAUGAUUCCCGUCACAAGAUAUAUUUGUAAAUAGUUUUUUUCUACAUAAAAAAUGUUAUCUAUGCCUCAGGGUUGCGUUCAAUGAAAGUUACUAUUUUUUGUUAUGUUGAAACUUCUAAAAAAAAAAAAAAGUACUCCGGUUUUUGGAUGAUUCAUGUUUCAUUCCAAUGAGUUUUUGAUGCAUUAAUGAUGCAGAUUUUCACCUGAGUAUUUGUACAGUAUUGCAGUAAAGUCGUUAUUUUUGUUCCACCAAAUGGAGUAGCUAAACAAAGCGCACCCCAUACAUUGCUGACCCACUGCCCUUUUUUUAAAAAAAAAAUUGAGUGCAACUUC